AUGAGAGCCGACAUCGAAGUCUUCGUCUGUAUCUUAUUAACCUUCCCAUUUUUCGCGAGAUCAGUAAAUCUUGGACCCGCUUGCCAAAAUAUGUGGAAUAACGCUGGAAAUAACUUGAUCGUUCCUGGAGAAUUAACUGUUAAUCCGGUGGCCAACGCAAACCCGUUGUUUACGGUUGUUCCAGGAGCAGGAGGAGUUGGAAAAAUCGCUUCUCCUAUAUUUCAGCGAUUCCGAGACAUAUUGGUUGAUUACCAAGCUGUGCCAUUUGUUCUCAAUCAGCAACAUAUAAAUGACUUCAUAACUGCGGUAACCCAACCAAACGGACCUAUGGAGGCUGCAUUCAAUUAUCUAUUAACUCAACAGGGAUCAUUGCCUGCAGGCGUGACAACCCUAGAACAGUUUAGAUGUGUUUUGGAAGAAUUAUGGUUUCGAAACAGCAAUGGAUUUAAACAUGUUUUUGUUGGCGAUAAACUAUUAAGGGUGAACAAUUUCAAGGGAUUUCACAACUGGUACCAGUUCUUGCUUGAGCAACGGAGAAACCCAACUCAGACGACGAAUAUCGCUUUCAACACACGCGGAAAUCAGCAGGCUUUCGUGGGGAAUAGACUGCCAUAUUUUAUGCGUGGACUAACAUUCAGAUGGAGAGGGGUGAACAAAGCACCACAGGGCAGCACCAGCUGCAUGUUCGUUGGAACCAGCCCAGCAUUUGAUUUGGCCAUGUUUACUGCUUGUGUAUUGAUAGGACGUGCGCCAGGAGUAGGAGUAAUAGGAGGAAACGGCUAUAGAGUAACAGACUGUGAAUGCAACAUCCUUGUACCAGCCCAAGGGUUACCGCAGAGCCUGGUACAAUUUAAGACCGUCGAGAACCCACAGAAUGAAAAGGUCGUUACAGCCUAUCCAACCAAUGUUCGAUAAAUGAAAGAUUACCAUCUUGUAUUACCGCACGGGAUUUAUCUGGGGCAUUAAAAUU